AUGUUUGAUUUCGAGGGCGUGAUAUUUGAUUCGUGUCCAGCGUUCAUGUCGAUGAAAUCGGGCGGCGACGCGCUGACGGCGGUGAUGCGGCAACCGCUCGCGCUCGUCGUGCGAUUGACAUUCUACGCGCUGGUUUUAGUGCUCGCGACUGUGCAUCUAUGCACGGGGACGUACGAUCAAAUGUUGACGAGGAAGUUUUGGACGACGAUGCUGAACAUGCCGAACGAAAAGAAGGAGUUGUAUAUUUAUUCCCUAAGUGAUACGUUGACGGAUCCGCAGAAGCUCGAGGCGUUAAUCGCUCAUCGAGCGAAAAACUCGGCAAACGUCAAGGUGCUCUGUUUCGAGCAGUCGCCGCACUGCGCGCAUUUGAGAAAGCAUCCGGACGAGUACGUCAAGGCGUUGCGCGAAUUCAUCGUGUAG